AUGGCGUAUGCUGCGCUUCUCUCGGCUUUGCAAGCGCUGAGGAAGGCAACGCAGCAAGAUCACUUGUACAAUUUGUCCACAAUCAAACAUCAAAUCACAAUUCUUGAUGAAAAGUUGUGUUUCUUGCAAGAUUUCCUCGAAAAUGAUCCGCCGGCAGGCGGAAUAGCUACUGAUUCUCUGGAAGGACGCAUCAGAGAAGCUGCGUAUCAAGCUGAAGACAUCGUAGACUUCCAUGUCCAAAAUCCGCUUGUCCCUGUUACUGUCAGAAGGUCUAUAUAUCAAGACUUUCAAAAUGUUGUGGAUGAAGUUGUUUCCAUUGUGCAACAAGUGGUGGUGAUCAAGGAAAGUCGAAAAGAGAUCAAAGCUUUGCAGUUGAGUGAUCAUACCUAUGGUGAUGCACCUAUUGGGAAAACGGCUAUGGUUGGAUUUGACGACGAACUGAUGGAAAUCAAGAAUCAGUUGUGUGGAGGAUCAACUAAUGUUAAGGUCGUUUCCUUGGUUGGGAUGGCGGGGAUUGGUAAGACGACUUUAGCCACUAAUGUUUUCUGCGAUCCGUGUGUUGAGUAUCACUUCCAUGUCCGUGCUUGGACAGCCGUGACACAAGAUCACAGAAGGUCAAAUAUUCUCCGAGGCCUCCUCCAUUCAAUGGCUGAGAAUUCGAGCCCGGGAUCAGAACAAGUGGAUGAGCUUGUGUACAAGAGUUUGAAGGGGAGAAGGUACCUCGUCGUGUUGGAUGAUAUGUGGAGCACGGAGGCGUGGGAUGACGUAAAGAUGAUCUUCCCCGACGAUCAUAAUGGCAGUCGGAUCAUAGUAACCACCAGAUUAGUAGACGUGGCUGUCUACGCCAACUCCUCUGCCCCUUUCCAUCAGAUGCGAUUCUUGAACGAGGAGCAGAGCUGGGAGCUUCUCCGGGGGAAGGUGUUUGGGGAGGAACGUCGUUGCCCUCGUGAACUGGAGGGAACUGGAAGAUGGAUUGCAAGGAACUGUCGUGGGCUUCCACUCUCGAUCAUCGUGGUUGCAGGGCUGCUCAAGGUAGAUAGGAGGAAGCAUCAAUGGGAGAAUAUUGGUAGGGAUGUGAGUUUAGCUGUGACUGCAUCACGCGACGAGGAAGAGCACCUCCCAACGGAGAUAUUGUUGUUGAGUUAUAACCACUUGCCUCAUCAUCUGAAGCCGUGCUUCCUCUCCAUGGGCGGCUUCCCAGAAGACUACCAAAUCCCCGUGUUCCAGCUCAUAGCCAUGUGGGUUGCAGAAGGAUUUCUCAGACCAAUUAGGUCGAAAAGCUUGGAACAAGUGGCUGAGGCGUAUUUGGAGGAUCUUGUCAAGAGAAGUCUAGUUUUGGUCACGAUGAAUAGGUCUAACGGGAAGCCUAGAUUCUGCAGCAUACAUGAUCUGUUGAGGGAUCUGUGCAUUAAGAGAGGUCGAUUCGAAAGAUUCCUCCACCCCAUGAAUGGGAUUCAGGAGAGCAUGAAGCAGAAGCGCCGCCUCUGGUUCUCCAAAUGCGUGGAGUGGUUCCACUUCAGGAACGCGUGCUCCUCCCCUGCUCGCUCUGUCUUCUGCUGCUCUUACAACGACGAGGUGCUCAUCGGCUUCAGCCACCUCAAGAUACUGCACAUUCUUGAAGUGAACUUUGAGUACUUCCCUAUUCACAUAUUGCAAUUCCUCCAUCUCAAGUUCCUGGCCUUUGCGAGUGGCUUCAUUCGCUACUCCACGCUCCCUCCCUCACUGCCUAAACUCGAGAAUCUGCAGAGCUUGAUUGUGGGUUCAUCGGUUAAGUUUAGUUCACAUGAGUAUAGGUUAGUUGUACCCUUACCAAUUUGGGAGAUGCCACAGCUUCGGCAUCUUGUGUUUCUCAACAUAACCUUGUCCCCUGCUUCGUUCCUCUCUCCGGUCCUAGAAAACUUGCAAACGCUUUCGAGGGUGAGAAACUUCAGCUUCACUAGAGAGGCCAUUGAGAGGAUUCCGAAUUUGAAGAGACUCAAAGGUAUGUACACGGGUAGAUCAUCGUUAUAUCAACUUGGCAAUCUCAUUUAUCUGCACAAACUCGAGACGUUGAAUCUCUGCUUCGUGCCAACGGCUGCGGUCAGGUUCGGAGUGCCGCUCGGGGUUAAGAAACUGACUCUUAGAGGAUGCGAGAUUCCUUGGGAAGACGUGACGGCUGGGAUUGGGUGUUUGCCGAAUCUACAAGUGUUGAAGCUCAAGUGUUUGAGUGGUGUGGGUGAAGAGUGGGAGGCAGUGGAGGGAGGCUUCCCCGUGCUGAGAUUCUUGCUCAUGGAGAGGCUUGAUCUGCGGCGUUGGGUGGCCGAGGCCACGCACUUCCCGAGGCUCGAGCGCCUCGUGAUCAGGCAUUGCUCGAGGCUCGAGAGCGUGCCUUGUGGUAUCGGAGAAAUAGCGACGCUUCAAAUGAUGGAGGUGGAUCACUGCACGCCCUCCGCAGCAGAUUCGGCGACGGAGAUUCUUGAGGAACAACUCGAUUUGGGAAAUGAUGCUCUUCAAGUUCGUGUGUUGCCCCUCAUUAGCAAUCAAUUUUAA